UUUUUUCUUUUCUUUCUUCUUUUUUUUUUACGAUCUUUUCUUUUUCCCCCAGUUUUCCGCAGCUCUGCUGGGCAGGAGGAAAGCGGCGGCUGCGGCGGGUGAGGAGCUGGGCGAAGGCCGGUAGCGCCGGUAGCCGGCGGGGAGGGAGGGAAAGAGGGAGCGAAGUGCUCCGGGUUCUUUUUCCUCUUUAAUCCCUUCCCUGCUUGAGUCAGAGGCUGAAGUCAUCGGCAGGAAUAUCUCGAAGCUUUUCGCCCACCUCGGGGAGUCUGUCUGCCCCUCAAAGAAUGUGCUGACCCCUGUGAGUGGGAUUUUGGGGGAGCAGAGCUGCAUGAGACCAGGAACUCAUCACACAGCAGGGUUUCUAGGGGUCGGGUGCAUCCUGCCUGUGCUGCCGGGUGCUGCUCGGAGGACGUGUCAGUGUUGGGGACGUGGUGAUUCACAGCACCACACCUCACUUUUCCCACCUGGAAAAUAAAAGGGGAAUCAACCCCUGAUCUGGCCCUUCCACGGCUUCAGCGAUGUUGCCAGGGAAAGCAGAGAAAAGAAUUGCUUCAUCCAUCUUCAUCACCCUCGUGCCACCACGGAGGGACGUGGCCACCAAGGAGAAAACCCAACGGGAGCCGCAGCCAGGUGGUGCCGAGGUCCCUGGCACCCAACAGCCCCAGAUCCUGCUGUCACCCCCCACAUUGCCCAACGGAGAAACCCACCCGGUGGCCCCUGUACCUGCAUCCCCACCAGUCCUGCCCCUCUCUGAAGUGCCCCAGCCCUUGUCCGUGGAGCCCCUGGGUCUGGCACUGCAGCAACUGGACCUUGCAGCACCUUCCACUCUCCAGGCCCCUUCCACCUUCCCUGCUGAAUUGAAGCCACCCGCAUUUUCCCAGGAGCAAGCAGGCAAGCGGCAGUGGCAGGAUGUGAAUGGUGACCCGGAGAGGGACAGCUCCAGAGACAUCUGUGCCUUCUGCCACAAAGCGCUGGGGCCCCGGGAGCCGACGGUGGAGGCGAUGCGGAAGCAGUACCACCCUGCCUGCUUCACCUGCCGCACGUGCCGCCGACUCCUGGCUGGGCAGCGCUUCUUCCAGAGAGACGGGUGCCCCACGUGUGACACCUGCUUCCAGGCCACGCUGGAGAAAUGUGCCAAGUGCCAGGGGCUGAUCACAGAGCACAUUGUCCGUGCUCUGGGCAAGGGCUACCACCCCAGCUGCUUCUCCUGCGCUGCCUGCGGCCGGGCCAUUGGCACGGAGAGCUUCGCCGUGGACGAGCAGGGUGACGUGUACUGCGUGCCCGACUACUACAGGAAAUACGCUGCGGUGUGCAGUGCCUGCGAGCGCCCCAUUGUCCCCCGUGAGGACGAGGACACCUACAAGAUCGAGUGCCUGGGACGCAGCUUCCAUGAGAGCUGCUACCGCUGCGAGAUCUGCAGGAUGCCCCUGUCGCCAGAGCUGACAGAGAACGGGUGCUACCCUCUGGACAAUCACCUCCUCUGCAAGUCCUGCCACAUCCACUGGCGCAACGAGUCGUCCUGCUGAGACCCUGCACCUCAUCAACCCUUCCAGUGCCAGGCAACAAAAAGGGGGUGCCCACAGUGGGAUGCGCCCCAUGGCUGACCCUGGGUGCCUGCUGCACCCCCAAAUUACUGCAGAACUGGGUUUUCAUCACCAAAAUGUCCCCAGGACCCUGACCUGGCGGGCUGGGGGGUGAAAAAUUGUGGAUAUGUCCCAGCACAGCUCUGUGCUCAUAAUGAAUAUAAAAUGCCCUGAAAGAGCAGCAAUGAGGAGUGGAGGUUUUAUUCCUCAUUUCUUUUUCUAAACUCCUUUUUCCAAAGGCCAGUUUGGUUUUCUUGGGUGGUGUUUCUUCUUGAGCUUCCUUGGGGUUUCACUGAAAUGUUUCUCUCUGUGGAGAGCGGGCACUGAUUUAGUUAAUCUCAGUAAAAUAAAACCCCGAGUUUAAAAAUUCUCAUUCCUUUCAUCCACCCUGCAUUCCAAACCUAUCAACUUCAAGUUUAAAAAUAAGGGAAAAAAGCCGGUUUUAGAUUUUCUAGACGUGGUGAGAGUUGAUCCACAACUCAGGUCCAUAAAAGUUGAUUUUAGAGUGUAGCAAUGUGGCAGAUGCUGCUGUCACCCGGAGAAGAGCCGAGUGUUGUUUUUUGGGGUGUAUAUGGGAUCUGGCGAUGUUUCAUGGAGUUGAUGAAAGGAGUUUUGGUGUGGUUUGGGUUUGUUUUUUGCUGACUAUCUAUCCCGGAGCCGGCAGAGGGCAGCCGGAGCACAGAUUCCUCCAUCAGGCAGCAAAGCUUCAACUAAAACGGGACUGGGAAAGACGGACAGCCCGCUUUCUGCAUAUUAUCCGAGAUUAUAGCGCUCUGCCUGUGGAAGCUUUUUGAUCUCCUCUCAGUCCAGGCCUCAAACCAGCAGAAAUUAGACCAUUUCUCUGCGUGCCCAACAUCUGCACAACCGAUGUUGCCAGUGCUUAGUGGUUUUUUUUGCGAGGGCGUUGCAAACCAGGCGGAGAAACUUUUUAACUUUCUUUUUAACUGAAAGUGUUUAAAAAACCACAAAUCAAUAGCAGAAAAUAGCAAGAGCAUGUGAGAUGAUGUUUAAUGCUUUCCUGAUGGAAAAUGGGAGCUGUAAACAAAGAAAACAACCACCAGACUAGCAGCUCCUAGAUCACAUACAACAUCUCCAGCGUGUGCUGUGUUUAUGAGUGAAGGGGUUAAUGAUGGUUAAUUAAUCACAUCAAUAGCUAUUUCCUGGUGACUCUUCCCUGUCUACAAACCUGAUUACUCAGUGUUUGUUAAUGAGCAUCUCUGGGCCAUCAAUCAGGUCACAACUUGCUUUAAAGGUAUUUAUAAAUAAGUUGUGGUCUGUCCCAGUCACGUAAGUUGGUGGCUUUGGGUCCAGUUGGGUGGGAACUCCUUGUUCCAUGCCAAGGAAUUCCUGUGCUCCAAGUCAGCUCUCACUUUCCAAAGCUUCUUGCACUGUGAGGAAAAUCUGGCAUCAAAAUAAUGCUAAAAAAGUAAAAGGAUGUGGCAGUGGCCAAAAGGAGCAGAAAAAAAGAAGGCUCAGAGGGCAAAGGGCUGCUUGUUUUUUGUAAUAUGGAUAUUUUUCCACUCAAGGUUUUUGGGGAGGAUGGAAGUGCAACGCUGAGUGUUUUGGAUGUGUUAUUGCAAGUUGCACUACCCUUCCACAGGGGAAUGGUGGGAAGGAGCUGGGUAUUUCCCCCUUGGAGCCUUCCAGGAUGGGCUGUUGGCACUGGGACUGCAGAAUUUUUGGCUGCAGACAGGCAGGGAAAUGCUUUUAUUUACAGGCAGCCUUGGAGAAGGUCCUGGAAAGCAAGGAGAAAGGAAAGGCACCACUGGAGAGUUUGGCAGCAUGGUGAAGGGAUGUGGUGUGGUCAGUUUUGAUGUGGUAUUUCAGGAGUGGAGGGUGACAAGGAACAGGGAUACAUGGACACAGGUAAGAGGACAAAAAGGCUGAUUUAAGGCAUUUUCUUCCCAGAUAAAGGGAGAAGCACUAUGAGCUGAGGCGUGGGGAGCAUUGCUUUGCCUGAAAAGCACAGCCCCGUGUUUUCCCUUGGGAGGAGCUCGAGGAAUUCUGAGCCUCAUGCAGGAGCUCCUGCAGGAGCUGGAUCCUGUCCCGCUGCCGAGCAAACCCAGAUCAUCUGCAGUGGCUCAGCCUGUCCUUGGGCUCCUCACCCCGUCAUGAGCACUUCUGCAAGCACCCAGGUCUGCAGAAAUAAACCAAUCACACAUCCUGCCUUGAACAAUAACAUUUUGGGGGGCCGGGCCCACCUUGGACCACCCAGGUGUAAUCCCCACUCCAAGUCCCUCCUCUUGUCCCUGUGGCAGUGGCAAAGGGCAGAGAGGAUGGCAGCGCUCUGCAUGGCUCCAGCCCUUCCCUUGGCUGCUGCAAUCAGCUCUUGCAAUCCCUCUUGGCAGGCAGAGGAGAGCGGGAAGGACCUGGCUGCCUUCCAAAGAGCAGCAAAUGCAAAUAUUUCCUCACUUCAGGCUGGGUGCGGCCCGCGGAUAAAAUUUCCUUGGGCUUUCCCAGCAAAGGCAUCCGAUCUCUCGCUCUGCUGCAAGGCCAACUUGCUCCCAGGAAUACAACCAUGUGUCCCAUAAAAAAAGCCUAAAGGUUAUCUUUUUAUGACUCAAAGGACAGCCUGGUUUUUAAAAAGAGGUUUUAAAGUGAAGAAGGAGCUGCCAUGCACAGUGGUUUUAAAUCAGUGGUUAAAGUGUUGCUUCAUGGAAAAAAGUACCAACCUUUUUGCAGGUUUAUUUGGAAAUGGAAGAUU